AUGGUUCUUAGUAUUGUUUUUGGUUUCUUGGUGCUGAUUAGUAAUUUUGGAACCGCAUAUGGGACUGAUACUGAUAUCUUCUGCUUGAAGAGUAUCAAGGGAUCCCUUGAAGACCCUUACAAUUAUUUGCAAUCUUGGACUUUCAAUGACAAAACCGAAGGGUUUAUAUGUAAAUUCAGUGGGGUUGAGUGUUGGCACCCUGAUGAGAACAGGGUCUUGAAUCUCAAUCUCUCAAAUAUGGGGCUAAAGGGUCAGUUUCCCCGUGCCAUUCGGAACUGCUCGAGUUUGACAGGGUUGGAUCUUUCAAUCAACAAGCUAUCUGGAACGAUUCCGGCGGAUAUAUCCUCUCUUCUGACUUAUGUGGUCACUCUUGAUCUGUCAUCAAAUGAAUUCUCCGGCACAAUACCCAAAAGCCUUGCGAAUUGUACAUAUCUUAAUAUCCUUAAACUUGAUUCUAAUAGGCUUACUGGUCAAAUUCCUGGACAAUUCGCCAGCCUCAGACGGCUUAAGACAUUCAGUGUAACUAACAAUCUUUUGUCCGGGCGAGUUCCAAACUUUAAUUAUAGUAAAGUGAAGGCUUCAUAUGGAAACAAUCGGGGCCUAUGUGGAGGACCUAACUUGAGACCUUGUCAGGCCCAGCCUUCCAAAAGUAACACUGCGGGCAUAGCCGGAGCAGCCGGUUAA